AGCUGUGGUUAAAAUAACACAGCCUCUGCAGAGCUCCAACUUAACGCUGCUCUCGGAGAAGAUUUGGGAUUUCGGGAGCCCACAGAAGAUGUGUCUGUGUUGCUUUUCCAUAUUCCGUUUUAGAUUAUUCUGACGAAAUCAGGAAUCUCCUCAGCGUGGAGCCUGCCACCCCGACGGUCCUGGCAGCCGCGCCCGGAUGAGGCCUGUGCAGUAUGUACAGUGUCCAAGACCUCCUGGUCUCUCAUGGAUACAAGCUGUCGAAGAACACCGCGGCCCCCCGCGAAGAGAGCCCCGAGGGGCGACAGCGCUCGCGGGCCAGAGGGAGGACUGGCCAAGGCCUGCUGAAUGGCUGCGAGGAUGGCCGCGCUGCACCCGCACAGAGCAAGGCCACCGGGGGCAGAGGACGCCCAAGUGAUGCUGAAAGCAGCCGCCGCCUCCAGAGAGCCCGCGGGGAGCCGCAGAGUGGUUCGGCGUCCAGAUCCUCGGAUGUGGGGUUCUGCAACCCGCCCGUGCUAGUGUGGACCUCACAGCCCCAGCCGGGCCAGCAGCAGACCUACUGGAGAAGAAGAGGCCAGGAAGCCUGUGGAUUGCUGGCCCCGGGGCCCCUGGAGGAGCUGGAGGCCAGGAGGAUGGCGCAGGCGCACAGCCUGCCGGCGCACGUGCGCGAGAGCCCGUGGGAAGUUGGAGGAAGGACUGAGCAUGUGAUGAAGAAGGCAGCGUGGGAGGAAGAGCUGAGAGCGGCGCAGUGGCGUGAGGGCAACCCGGACGGCUGGGGCCAGCCCCGGAGGCUCGGGCGGCACAUGUCCGAUGGCGACGGGGAGCGGCUCUUCCGCGACCUGUACCCCUACCUGCCCGGGGAGCAGGUGCUGAACCCCCAGAGCAGAGGGAAGUCCCGCUCCCUGCCGCGCGUCCUCUCCCCCGAGGGCCUGAGCUGUACGGAAAUUCCCAUUGCCCUGAAUGAUGGGCACGUGCCGGGGGCACCCCACAUGUACCCUCCCAACUGCGUGCCACCUCUGGAAGUCCCCCGGCACCCCGAGAAGGGCGCUUUUCCUCGGCCCAGGUUUGGGCGACCCCUCCGACCUCCACCUUACAACUCCUACCAGCAGUCCCGAGGGCCCGUGGAGAGCGGUGGCGCCCCUGACGGCCAGCACGCCGACCCCUACGGCCACUACGCGGCCAAGAGUGGCGUGCCCAGGUCCGAGCUGUGCCUGUCUGACCCGGCCCUGGAGCCGCCCGUGUACGUGCCUCCGCCCUCCUACCGCUCCCCGCCGCAGCCCAUCGCCAACCCCUACUUGGAGGAGGCCGCGCCCAGGCCAGGGCCCAGUGCUCGCAGCCCACAGCCACACCCAGGGGAGAAGGCGGGCGCCGGGGGCCCUUUUCCUGCCAGCUCUUUGGCAGCUGGGCAUGAGUAUGGGGCAAGCCCACGCUCUCCACGCUCUCCUCGGGGGCUCCCUCCACAGCCCCGGCCCACUGCUGCCACCGCCACUACCGCCCCAGAUGGCUCGGUCCUGUACAUUCCCUUCGACGACCCCAGGAUCCGGCACAUCAGACUCGCCCAGCACCAAGGUUUCUGCGAGGAAGCAAAGCCUGAUGAGAAGGUGCCCCGCUACAGCCCCUUCCCUGUGUCGCAGCCGGCCCCUGGCACCACGCUCCUUUACAAUGCCCUGGUGAAUCCACAGAGUGGGGCACCCGUGCCAGGCCAUGAGGGGGGUCCCAUCUUUGAUCAUCCCAUGCCCCCCUGGCUGUGGGAUCAGCUUCUCAGGGAUGGAGAAAGCAGCGGCUUUCCAGAUCCCAGGGACCCGUUUGGCGUGGCACAAGGUCAGCGGCCUGAUGCCCGAGGUGGCCGGCUGGACUCCCUGGAGGCUCAUGCCCCCACCUCCCCUGCCCCCCUGGGCGAGAGUCCCUGCGAGACGCAAACCCGGCUGAGAAAAUUUGAAACUGGUAUCCCCACCAAGAGAAGCGCAAAGAAGAAAACGAAUGAGACCAUAUUUUGUUUGGUCUCUGUCCCAAUCAAAUCGGAAGCCCCUCUGCCCUCGGCCGAUAUGAACCACAAAGACUUGAAACGGGGUGCUGCUCAAAAGAACGGCCUUGAUAAGAGCCUGGCUCUGCGGGAACAAAGCCCGCUGAGCAUGUCCUCCACCGACCUGGAGUUGCAGGCCCUCACCGGAAGCAUGGUCAGCCGAGCUGGGCUCCCCAAGCAGGAGCCAGCCCGUUCAGACGUGGACAAACAAGCAAAUGACCUCAGUCCCCUCCCGCCGGUGAGACACGGAGAACUCAAAUCUUCUGGCUCCUGGCCAGGACACCAGUACAGAGACCAGCAGACACAAACCAGCUUCACAGAAGAACCCAGGACCCUGGCACCCCACCCCACUGCUGAGGUGGCUGGCGGGCCCAACACCGUGCUGACAGCCAAGUUCAUAGACCCCGCCACCGUCCCUGAAACUCAGGUGCACCCGGCGCUGAGCCCCGGUGACCGCAGACGGAGGCCAAAUGCCUGUCACCUGAAGGGACAGAUGUCCUUGAACCUGUCCAGCAACAGCGCCUUCUCCAGGACGCUAUCAUCCACCAGUCAGGCCCCGGUGCCCAAGGAGAGUUUAAGACAGCUGAGCAUGGAGGGCCGUGGGUACCCAGCCAGCCCCAAGCUCCCGGGUGAAGGACCGAAGGGGCCACCCGCAGGCCCUGGCCACAACAAGGAGCUCUUUGGUCAGUUUCUUUUGAAGCCCGUGAGCCGCCGUCCCUGGGACCUGAUCAGCCAGCUGGAAAGCUUUAACAAGGAGCUUCAGGAAGAAGAAGGAAGCAGUCACAGCAGCAGCGGCAGCAGCAGCAGUGGUGACAGCAGCAGCAGCAGUAGCAGCAGCAGUGAGGACAGUGACACGGAAUGGCCAGGGGAAGGCCAGGCCCACUCCACACCCAAGCGCUCUGGUUUCCGGGGUGACCGCCAGCAGGAGUCGGGAGUGAAAGAGGGCUCGCCCUGGAUGUUGGGGCCAAAGGACCCCGGGUUCAGAGCUGGGGGUAGAGUGAAGAGUAAGUCUGAGAGCUGGAGCGAGGAGCCAAGGCCGGCACCCCCAAGUGACCAGCACCCAUUCUCUGAGGCCUUUGGCGGGGAUUCCUGCCUCUCGGCCCUCCAGAGCUUGGUGGUGGAGAAGGAAAAGGAGGAGGCCGAGACAAGAGUUGACCCACUAUCGUUCAGCCCGGGGCCCGUAAAAAGAAUCCCGUCACCUUCCCAGUUCAGUGACAGCAAGCCGGCCUCCGACUCCUUUCCUGCCCAUCCGAGAGAGCCCCAAGAAAGGCAGAGCUCGCCCAGUGUUGUCAGCACCCAGGGGCUGAGCAAGGCCAUCCCUCCCGUGGCGGACAGUGGGACCCAGGAGGACCCAGCGCUCCCACUGUCUCUGACCAGCAAAGCCCGGGGCGUCUCAGCACCAGACCUGCGGUCCGUGGGGCUGCCUCGGCCAGUGGCACCCAGUGCCAAUGGCUUGGACGGGUCCCUGGGCACAGUGGGUGUGACAGAAAUACCCCCGAACGAGUCCCUCCAAGAGAGGGCUGCGAGGAUCCUAGGCAUCGAGGUGGCCGUGGAGUCCCUGCUGCCUGGAGCCCGCAGGUCCGCACCAAACCAGCACCCUGAGCACAGUGAACGUACCUGCAGACCCGACUCCCUCCCAGAGGUGACCGUGACACGUGACACGCCGUCAGGAGAGUCCACAGUGUCUGCUGACGCCUUUUAUGGCCGCCGAAAGUGUGGUUGGACCCAGAGCCCCCUGUUUGUCGGGGAGAGGGAGAGCGCACGGCGCUCGCCGGAGGCGACCCAGCAGCACCCUGGGGUGGACCCAGGGCCCGCCCCCAGCGCCCAGCAGCCCCCAAAUCUCAAGGACACGCCUUCGAAUCCCCCCUUCCGGUCCACCUUGCUGCACAUCGUCGAAAGGUCGCCGAGUGUGGGCAGUAGUGGAGGCGAAAGGAAACUCCGCAGUACGUCCAAAGUGAUCGAGAGUUUGCAGGAGAAGCUGGCCUCCCCCGCGCGCAGGGCCGCCCCUGAGCGCCUCAUGCGCAUGAAGGAGGUGAGCUCGGUGUCCCGCAUGCGGCUGCUCACCUCCCUAGGCACCGACUCCACCGACUCCACCGAGGAUCCCGAUGAGCUGCCGGAGCCCGAGCCCCGAGCCCUGGUGCCUGCGGGGGCACCCGCGCCCUCCCUCUCGCUGGAAGAGAACGGGCACCCUGCAGUGCCCCAGGAGCAGAACGCAGCGCACGACUUCUGGUGCCCAGAUUCCUAUGACCCGAGCAGAGUGGAACGGGUGUAAAGAGCAGCUCGUAGAGUGGAACCCUGGCUCUUUGCUGAUGGAGUGUUCUGAGUUGUAUGAGCCCUCUUGCCCACGCAGACAUUGAAAGCCAUUAGAUUCUGGGGAACUGUUCCACCAGGAAACCCAUCACCCCCCAGAGUUGCUGCGUGAAAGUCAAGCAGUAGCUCGUCCACACGUUCAAUUUUGUGGCAUGAAGAGUUAGCGCCUAUAUGUGGGAGAGUCACAUGGAAUGAUGGAUUUAACCCAGGCGGUGAACAACUUCGUGUUCAUCUGGUUCUCUGUGAAAGCUUCAGUGUGGACCAUGCAGUGAAUGAUUUUAAAAGGAUGGUGAAUGUUGUCAGUUGAGUCUUCCUUCUGCUCACAGGGAGUUUGGGACAGAAGCCACCUUCUCGUAUGCCAGCACUUUGAGUUUAGGGGAAAUGUGAAUGAGUAUGUAUGAUCCAUUUCUAAUUAAUUUGGCCUUCAGCUGCUGGAAGUCACUUACUUACAAGUGACUUGCCAUCAAGAGAAUAGAAGCAAAGGUCUUUUAAGUUCCUGAAAGAUGGAAUCUUGUACUAUAAUGUACCAGAAGUAUUAUUUAUCUGGCAAUGAAAUACUUGGAUCAUUUGCAAACUUGCCUCUGUCUGCUUUGCACUCAGUAUUAUCUAUUUUUAUUUUCUGUAUGGAUGUUUAGAAAUUCUUUAUAUGAAAAAUAAUUGCUGGUUUAAAAUAGACCAUUUUAACAAAGUAUAUUUCUUUUUACAAAAAAGGCUAUUUUUCUAUGAUGUAAACAGUUGUUAGGUGGCAGAUUUUUAAGGAAGUAUUAUUUUAUUUAAGAGUCUGUAUCCCCUUUUUGUGAGCAGAACCCAAAGAGGGUUCACAUUUGCUUUAGAGCGUAUAACCCUUUACCCAUUUGCUACUUCAUCUUAGAAAGUAAUGUCUGUGUAAACUUAUCACAGGGUUAAUAGGAUAAACUUUCGCAAGACUUUUGUUUUACAGCAGUAACUCUAAGGUUAUAUUUGAAACUAACUCUCUGAGAGCCAGCCAAUAUCCCCAUGACAAUUUUUUGCUGCCAUACCACCAAGAUUAUUAAAAAAAAAUUGUUUCAUCUUUGUAUGUUUGUGGGGAUCAACCUUAAGACUAUAUUUUCCUCCUCCUUCCCCUUUUAAAGAAAUAAGUAUUUUUGUCUUGAAUGAUCCUUAGUCUCUGCAUAUUUUUAAGUGCUGGAGACAUUAUAUAUAUAUAGGUAGAUUUAUAUAUAUAUGCCAUUACAAAAGUAUUAUGAGGCCUAUGUAUUCUCCUGUUUACUAUUGCAUUAACCUGCACAAUGUUUAUGCAUUUUUGAAAUGCAUUUGCUAGCUAAUAUUUCCAGAAUGGUUUCUUAGAUUCCCCUCUCCUCUCCUCUCCUCUCCUCUCCUCUCCUCUCCUCUCCUCUCCUCUCCUCUCCUCUCCUCUCCUCUCCUCGCCUCCACUCCCCUCUCCUACUUUACUUCUUUUCUUCCCCCCUCCCCUCCCUUUGAGAAACCAGAUUAUCUAUUUUUAGACAUUUCAAAUUCCUAAAAUGUGAACUGUUGGGUGGUCUACAAUUUGGCCCUACACUGACGGACUGGGCUCUCACGGCCUGUUUUUAUCUGUACCAUAUGAUUUUAUUUCAUAAGAACUUCAUGUAUUCUGGACUCUAAUAAACAAACAAAACCUAAGUAAUUCGGCGGGGGAGGGGGGCGUUGGGAAUCUUUUCUAGUACCCUUAUGUGCAAUUCUGGUUCUUACCUAUAAACUUGGCCACCUCUUUCCCAAGUUUGACUCUUGUGAAAAAGAGACUUUUGUUCUCACAACAUAAAGAGAUGAGCCAAGUUUUGGUAGGGAUGGUGGAAACUUUUCCCAGGAAAAAUUUUGUCCAGCAGAGGUCAAUUACUCUGUUACAGUUGGGGAAUGACUCAAGCCAUCUAGCAAAAUGAAAUGAGGGGGUGACCUGGAGGGCUUUGGGGGGGUGUGCCCCUCUUUGAAUGCAAAUGAACAUAUGUGUAUGUAUGUAUAUAUAUAUUUGUACCAAUGUAUAUACAUAUAUAUACACACUGCAUUCUAAGUUCAGACACAUAUACAUAUAUAUUAGUCUUUUCUGACUUUAAAUUUUGUUGAUUUAAUAUCUAAAGACAUCUUCUAAUCAGAAGAAUUGAUUUUAGCUUAUUUCUCAAGAGAAAAAGAAGGAUCCUAAAGAGAAUAAUUUGCUGUACUAUAUGUAUAUCUCAAACAAGCCAAACUAUGUUGGUAUUCUCUUUUGUUUUAUUCUAAAUUGUUGUGUCUCAUGUUUCUGAAACCAUUCUGAAUAUUGCUGAAAUUAUUGAUAUUUAUUCCUUUAACCUUCAUUUCUGGAAUCCAGCCUGUAUAUAAAUAAGUCUUGGGAGGAGUGGGAGGAAGGUAGCACCUUCUGAGGUAAAUAAUAUAGUCUAUCAUCAAAUAUAGCCUUCCCAGAGGUUUUGGCCUCAAUGCUAAUUAUUGUUUUAUUAACUAUUUCUCAUACCUACAUAACUUUGUUAUUAUUUGUGGCUGGAUAAAGUUUUCAAAUUCUGCA